AUGAUAGACGAGUCAAAUCCGAUGCGACUGGCGAGGAAAGCAUGGAAUCAUCUUGGGCUCUUCACCCGCCAAGAAGCCGUCGAACUCCUUUCGGAAAGGCUUGUCUCGCAGAAGCGACGUGUCUUGAUGAAGGACUGUGUCAGGAUCAUCUACUAUUGUCAUGUGCAGAGGUCAAGUGGAUGUCGGUACGAGAUGAGCGUUUGCAUUCCGAACAACCCUGACGAAAAGUUACGAAUCGACGAUUUCAAUGUGCACACAUGUAAUCCAGACGAUACUCGCCUCAGGCGCAGAGCAAAACCUCAAAUUGAAGACUUUGCAAAACCAAUUGAGAAGCGAAAACCCGCUGGUGGAUCAAAUAGUGGCAGAGAUGACAAUCCUUUGCCGUUCUCUUUGAGUGACUCAAUGACGACAUUCCUCUCUGGUUUAAACGACCAAUUCGAAGUUGAAAACGAUCUGGAAAUUGAGCAGAAUGACUUUAAAUGCGCCGAUCGUGGAAUAGGACCCAAUGAGAAUUUGGCCAGGUUCAUUUCGGAGUUAGGCGAUACUACGAAGCAGGCUGCUGCUAUCAGCAGACCUGGACCUUCGAAUGUUUGGACGACGGUGGACAUCGACGUAGUUGAUUUCUCAAAACGACCAGACCCUCCUUUCACUUUCGUGUUCCAUGCUAAGGAUGAGGCUUCGCAAUACUCCUACGCUUGUCCAAUGAUUGGGAACCAACCGGAAGUAGUUGCUGAUGCACUGAUGAACCUAUUCUGUUUAUUUGGCCCACCAAGCUCAGUCAAAUUGGAGUCUUGCUAUCGAGGGACCGUUCUGGAAGCCAUGCUUUCUGAGAAAUUUCCAACAACAGAUGUAAUUUUCUAUGCUGAAAACCGGAACAAACAGGGAACCUACGCUCCAAGAAGAGAAGAGUCAAUGAUUCGUGAGAGGAUUUACGCAUGGCUCAUGGAGAAUGGCAAGGUGAACUGGUUCAAGCAUCUUAAUGAGAUCAAAUAUGUACACAAUUCUGAAUGGAUAGACGAAUUAGGUGGAACCCCUAUGGAGCUCUUUUUUGGUCGUCCUCGAUCAUCCGAACAAUCGCACACACAGAGGCCGGAUGGAAGUGCGCAUGAUGACGAUGCUUUUAGCGAUACGUACACAAAUAACUCGAAUGAAGUCAAAGAGGACUGUGGUGUGCUGACGUUGGAGGGGAGAAGUAUGAAGAGCGAAUUCUGA